GAUCUCAUUUUUAAUUCUUUUUUACCUUCCUUCCUCUUCAAUCUUAGCUAAAGCAGACUUCAAAAGAUUUCCCUUCAUUUUUUUCCUCAAAAGAGAUAAACAAUGUUGAAACUUUCAUGAACUUCAGACAAGAGCGGUUCUGUUUUCCAAUUGCGACGCAUAAGACGCAGUAAAAGGUUACGCAGAGCAGAGAGAGCUACAUUGUGUCCUUGUCUUGUCGCGGCAUCACCAUGUGGUAGGUCCUUUCCGGCCCCUCACUUGUUUUCCUUUUGUCAUUUAUUUCGUCAUUUUUCUCUCUUCCAAGUUUCAUAUAAAGUAGGGAGCAUCCCACGGCUCUGCUCCUACUUUGUGAGCCCCGUAGGUUCUAGAUCUUGAAACCACUAUCCAUUGUUCUCGCUAAUGGCUCCACCUCCGCCCCUCUACUCUGUUUCCAGGCACAUAAUUCUGCUUUCUCUUCUUUUCUUUCUCUUUCUUUCUACAUGUAUCAGUGCCUCCUCCCAUUCCCAACUUCACAGCAAACAACUGUCGGGUAUUAGAAGAAUGAUGGAGGUCCAAGGUGAAGAUCCGCCGCCGAAAAAGAAAGCCACCGGCCAGGGCCAAUCCCUCAAAAACCAGACCAAGCUGAUCAAGCCUAAAGUGUCCCCUUCCAAAAACCAAACCAAGACCACGCCAUCCAAUAAUGUCUCCUCCAAAAACCCGACCAAAAAGACCAUCCAAUCCAAUAAUCUUUCCACCACCAAAAACCAGACCAAGCUCGUGAAAGUCAGCUCCUACAAAAACCAGACCAAGCUCUUGAAAGCCAGCAACUCCAAGAAUCAAGCCAAGCUCGUUGACACUGGCCUCAAGAAGCUCAAUUCCACUUCCAAGCUCAAGAUGCUCAAUUCCACAUCAAAACCUUCAAACUCCACCAAAACCAAAACGGCUCCAAUUUCCAGCAAGAAGUCCUUGGAUCUUCUUCCAAAAACCAGUGACGCCAAGAACAAGACGACAAAGUCCGCCGCCGCAAAACAAACCAACUCCAAAUCCAGCGAUCUUCAAUCCAGCAAGCCCAGUAAAAAUCAGAAGGCCAGCCCGCAGAAACCAAAGAAACAGAAACUGCCCAGCUGGAUCGAUUCAGAUGACGACGAUGAUUUCGUUUCGGAUUUGAAAGAUCUGCCCACUAAGUUCCAAGAGACACUAAUUCCAGACCUGAAGACAAUCUCCACCACCUCCAGAGCUUACAUUACCAAAGCCAGUAAAGAGAUCACAAAGGGAUUUAAACCCUACGUCGGCAACAAAUACGCAUCCACCGUUGCCACCGUACUUUCGUGUGCUUUCGCGUUGAUCCCUCUGCUUUUAGUGUCGCUCAUCUUCAAUAAAAUCAAAGCUUAUUUCUCGAUCCAGAAGGUCUUAAUUUUCGUCCAGAUUUAUCUGUCAAUCUAUUUCUCCAUUCUCUGCCUGUCUGCUCUGAUCACUGGGCUCGAGCCUCUCAAGUUCUUCUACUCCACUUCGCAAUCCACGUACGUGUGUCUGCAGGUGCUUCAGACUCUGGGUUACUUGUUUUACCUGCUGCUCCUCCUGAUGCAUCUCGUCCUGGUGUUCUCCGCCGAAAGUGGGGUCGGCUCAAAGUUUCUGGGCCUGGCCCAGACCUUUUUGGGCUUCGCCAUCGGGCUGCACUACUACGUCACGGUGUUUCACAGGGUGGUGCUGCGGCAACCGCCCAAGACCAAUUGGAAGAUUCACGGGAUUUACGCUGCAUGUUUCCUCCUGAUCUGCGUGUUUGCCGGUGCCGACAGAAGGAAGAAGGCUUACUUGGAAGAUGGCGGAGAAGAAGGCAAGAAGAGUUAAUUCAAUUGCAUUCAUUAAAUUAUCUCCAAAGUUACUAGUAUGUCACUAUUUUUAAGACUGUUCAUGUAAUACUGUGCCUAAGGCUUGGCUUAACUCCAGUCUGCUUUAUUCAGAUUCGUUCUAUUAUAAAUGGGAGGAGAGCUGGUGGCAAUAAUCAAUCAGCCCUAUAUAACUAUAUUUGGCUGUAUGCUUCACAUGACCCCAGCUCCUCCCCCCAUCAACAAU